UUGGAGAAGCGGGUCGUUCCCUUCCGCGGUCGAAGCCGGGCUAAUCUAUCAGGGGGGGAUUUUCCAUAUGUCCAUGCCCCUCAGAGUAAAUCAUCACCAGAAACUGCCAUUAUGAAGUAUUCGACACCAUCAUAGUGCAGGACAUAAUGGCUGCUUUGGCGAGUACUUAAUGGGAUGCUCUGAGCACGGUGCUCAGAGGCUGUUCUUGCCUUCUCCGUUGACAGGCCCCCUGGGAAACUAGAUCAAGCAUCACAAUUACUACAGCUAUGAAAGCUAUCUUCACCCUCGGCCUCGGCCUACUGUCCGCGGCGCAAGCUCUCCCCUCAGCACGGGCGGCAGCCUCAUCUACCGUGGACGGGACGCGCUUCUCAAUCGAUGGCAAGACGGGCUACUUCGCGGGCACCAACUCAUACUGGAUCGGCUUCCUGACGAACGACAAGGAUGUUGAUACCACCCUCGACCACAUCGCGUCCUCCGGUCUCAAGAUCCUGCGCGUUUGGGGCUUUAACGAUGUCAACACCAAGCCCGGAGCGGGCACCGUUUGGUUCCAGCUCCUCUCCUCAUCCGGCUCGCAGAUCAACACAGGGGCGGACGGCCUGGAGCGCCUAGAUUACGUGGUUCAGUCGGCCGAGCAGCGCGGUGUCAAGCUGAUCAUCAACUUUGUCAACUACUGGGACGAUUACGGCGGCAUCAACGCCUACGUCAAAGCCUUCGGCGGCACCAAGGAAAACUGGUAUACCAAUGCCGAUGCCCAAGCCCAGUACAAGAAGUACAUCGAGGCCGUCGUCAGCCGCUAUUCAGCGUCGGACGCCGUGUUUGCGUGGGAGCUGGCAAACGAACCCCGCUGCAAGGGCUGCAGCACUGAUAUCAUCUACAAGUGGGCGACGGACAUUUCGGCCUACAUCCGGAGCCUGGAUUCGAGCCACAUGAUCACGUUGGGUGACGAGGGCUUUGGGAUCCCGGGUGACACUACUUACCCGUACCAGUACACUGAGGGGACGGAUUUCGUCAAGAACUUGGACAUCAAGGAUCUGGACUUUGCAACGUUCCACAUGUAUCCCGACAGCUGGGGUGUCCCGUACACAUUUGGCGAGGGCUGGAUCACGAGCCACGCCGCCGCCUGCAAGGCCGCCGGCAAGCCCUGCCUCUUGGAAGAAUAUGGCGCCAAGGCUAGCUGCGACAUCCAGAAGCCCUGGCAGCAGGCUUCCCUCGCGCUCGCCGCCGACGGCAUAUCGGGCGACCUCUUCUGGCAAUGGGGUGACCAGUUGAGCUCGGGCCAGACGCACGACGACGGCAACACGGUCUACUACGGGUCGGAGCUGGCCACGUGCCUGGUGACUGAUCAUGUCGAUGCUAUUAAUGCGGCGUCGUAGGUAACUGAGUGUGCGGCGGAAUGGUUAGUCGUUGAGUUAUCCUUCCAGUGUAGUGAGUCGAAGUUGGAAAAUGCGCAUUUUGGGUCUCAAGACCGUCAAUACCAGACCUAGCCUCGGUACUGUUUGGCUUUAGCUCGCAACUUUUACCUCCCAGUCACUAGUCCGUAACGUAACAGGAUGUAACAAGUUUGAUCUUUGUUGAGGAAUACAUUUUAUCAAACCAUCAUCAGACAAUGGAUAUCAUUCAGCUACUCGCGGACACACGAAACCCACAGACUCAGUCUCUAACCCGCGACAGCCAAACAAGCACUCUAUCGCAGGGUGUGUUCAUCUCAUGAUUAGGUUUCGCUAUAUGAUGCAGGCCCAAAGGUAAACUUCAUAGCAAUGGCAGAAAGCUACUUGUGAUCGGUUCUUCCAGGUGUUCA